AAUAAUAGCUGUGGCGGCUGCCAUACCUUGCCAUACCCAAUUGACGCCCCUGCGCGCACCUGACGCCCAUCAGGCCUGAUGGCGCUCAGGUGAUGGGGUAUUUAAACAGUUCGGACCAGCAAUCUGGGUUGGACGAAUAACAUGGCAACUUACGGCGAGGAGCCAGUCGACAACUACUUCUACUCAUCUUACAACCCCUUCAUGGGCAGAUACCCCCGGCCCAGAGACCCGGGGUGGAAAUACAAGAGUUACCUCUCCCACUACGGAGACAAUUCCGACGCGUUCAACAACCAGCAGCGAGCGCAGCUGAAGUCCAUCCUGUCCCAGAUCAACCCCAAGCUCACCCCGCGGCUCCGCAGGGCCAACACCAAGGACGUGGCGGUGCAGGUCAACCCCAAGAGGGACGCCUGGGUGCAGUGCUCGCUGGGGCCGCGGCUCCUGCAGGGGCCGAAGACCCCGCGCAGGAGGCGGCCGGAGCCGGCCCCGCCCGGCGGGGUGCGCUACCCGCGCACCCUGGCCGUGUACUCGCCCGUCACCUACCGGAGCAUCACCUCCUUCUUCGUGGAUGAAAACAACAACCAGGAGCAGUAUGGAGACCAGAAAGUCUCCUCCGACUCGCCGAAGCCCGCAGAGCCGCCGGGGGAGAAGGCGGGGGACAGCGACGGGAGGUCGGAGGGGGAGGACCCGGCCGGCGAGGACGGGACGAGCACGAAGACCUCCGACCGGAGCAAGAAAGCCCGGUCCAAGCUGAAGCCCGAGGUGACGGAGGAGGCGACUCAGGUGAUGGACGCGGCCGCGCAGGCGCAGUUGCAGCCGGAGGAGGCCAAGGGCAAGGCGCGCGUGCGCUUCCAGUUCCUGGAACAGAAGUACGGAUAUUAUCACUGCAGAACUUGCAACCUGCGAUGGGAAAGUGCCUAUGUGUGGUGCGUUCAGGGCACAAACAAGGUCUACUUCAAACAGUUCUGUAGAAAAUGCCAGAAGGACUUCAACCCCUAUCGCGUUGAAGACAUCACAUGCCAUACUUGCAACAAAGCGCGCUGUUCCUGCGCCAUAACUCAACGACACGUGGAUCCCAAGCGGCCCCACAGACAGGACCUGUGUGGCCGAUGCAAAGGCAAGAGGCUUUCCUGUGACAGCACCUUCAGCUUCAAGUAUAUCAUCUGAGGCUCAUCAAACUCAUCUGCACAAGUUUUGGGGGCAUCUUCAGCCCCAUCAUAACUUGUGGUGUAUUGGCACUUUGAAACAAGUUCACUUUUUUGGUGUUUUGUGUAUUUUGUUGAAUUUAAGCUGAACAUGCUUUACAAUGUA